GCAGCGAAGUCUAUGGGCAAAUGUAUCCAAUGCCGUGACAACACGAGGCUGUCAGCUGAUUUUUCCGCGUUAUCAGCGUCGUGCGUUAUUCGAAAGUCCCUCUUGUCGCGGUGCCGCUCCGACGCGAGUUUCGCACGCCCGUUGCAUCUCCGCGCGAUAUGCACUGAGACGAACGUCGAGGAGGGACCGUCGAGUAAAACGCGCGGAUUGGAAAUCGAGCUCCGCGGGAAACGAUAUCCGGGGAAAGGCGAACGAUGAGCUCGCAGGCUGACGUGAGAUCAGGUGAGACACGAUCGCGCGAUUGCUUUUUCCGGGGGAAGCGAGUCGGGAAGUGGCGUGUUUAGGGUGUCGGUCUGCAAAUGUGCACGGGCAGAUCAGACGAAAUGGCGCGACGCAAUCUCAAAGCGACACGUGUAAAAGCGCGAGUGCCCAAAGGAGAUAAUGGUGAAGUUUCGACAAGAAGAGCAAUAGCAACUGUCGGACUCAUAUUUGUGACCUCGUUGACCGCGUUAUUUUAUGUGUACACGAGUUUUCCUGAAUUAGAUGAAGACGAAAAGCAGUAUAUGACGCUGCCGCUUCACAUAGAAGAUGCCAAGAAUCUGGGGAAACUGUUAGAACGAUAUAAGGAUUUGUAUUACUUCCAAGUACUGGCCGGGCUGUUCAUCACUUACAUCUUCCUGCAGACGUUCGCCAUUCCCGGCUCCAUUUUUCUCUCAAUCCUGUCCGGAUUUCUGUUCCGCUUCCCGGUCGCGCUACUGCUCGUGUGCACGUGUAGCGCGAUCGGCGCCACCCUGUGCUACCUGCUGUCCUCGUUGCUGGGCAGGCGGUUGCUGUUCCGAUACUUUCCGGAGAAGGCGAAGGCGUGGACCGUCACCGUGACCAAGCACCGCGACAAUCUGCUGAACUACAUGCUGUUCCUGCGGAUGACGCCCUUACUGCCGAACUGGUUCAUCAAUCUCGCGAGCCCGGUGAUCGGCGUGCCGAUGAUGCCGUUCACCGUCGGCACCUUCUUCGGCGUCGCGCCGCCCUCCUUCGUCGCCAUACAGGCGGGUCAAACGUUACACAAACUCACGUCGUCGAGUGACGCGUGGUCGUGGAACAGUGUUAUCAUACUGUGCGUGUUCGCGCUGUUCUCCCUACUGCCCGUGCUGUACAAGCAGAAGCUCAAGCAGAAGUUCGAGUAAACGCCAGAACGCUCCACUGACGAUAGCCUCAGAGUGACAUUCCGACAAUUACGCGAGGAAAGAGCUUUUUCCCGAUCGCGUCCGAUGGAGCGAAAUUUUUUUUACCGAUAAUCUCUUAGGAAAUUGAAGAAAAUUGUAUCAAAUGCGAAUAAUGUUGGGAUUAGGGUCAGCUUUUUCGCACCAGUUGUUUGCAUUUGGACACGUGGAUUAUACGCGCGCAAGAUAUAGUAUAACGAAUUCCCGCGAGCACAAUUUUCGCUUAACUUAUUUAUUAUUGUUUAUAAUUUAUUUCUACAAGUGUGUCUUAGAUUAUGUGGAGACGUCGACAUUAAAAAAAAAAUAAAGUAAACUAUGAAAUAUAGACGAA